AUAACAAAGUUCAAGUACUAAGCAUCACUACUUAGAAAGAAUUCAACACCAUGGCUUCUAACGUUGAGCUUUCGGAAAGAAGCAGCCCAAUGAGUCAGAAAAGUCGUCCAAGAGCAGAGAAAGAGGAAGUGGACUACAUGCAGAGAGCUCAGUGGCUAAGAGCUGCCUUGCUUGGAGCCAAUGAUGGUCUGGUCACAGUGGCGUCGCUCAUGAUGGGUGUUGGUUCAAUUAAAGAAGACGUCAAAGCAAUGUUGCUUGUUGGUUUUGCCGGCCUUGUAGCCGGUGCAUGCAGUAUGGCCAUUGGAGAGUUUGUGUCUGUGUGCACACAAAGAGAUAUUGAAACUGCGCAGAUGAAGAGAACGAUUGAGACUAAGACAUCAUUAUCAGCAAUUGACGAACAAGAGGAGGAGGAGAAGAAAGAACGGCCACCAAAUCCAGGACAAGCAGCAAUAGCGUCAGCGUUAGCGUUUUCAGUGGGAGCAGCGGUUCCGCUUCUAGCCGCUGUAUUCAUAGAGAAUCAUAAGGUAAGAAUGGCGGUGGUAGCGAUUGUGGCCACCUUGGCAUUGUUAGUGUUUGGAGUGACCGGUGCGGUCUUGGGAAAGACAAGCGUGGUUAAGUCGAGCGUUAGGGUGGUGAUUGGUGGCUGGAUGGCUAUGGCUCUAACCUUUGGUCUUACCAAGUUCAUUGGCUCCGAAGCAAUGCAAAUCUAGACGCUCUUUCAAUGAUCUUCUUGUUUCCAUGCAUCUCAAUUAGUGUUUAUGUUUGUGUUAUGAUCAUCACACUAUCUCAUCCCAAACCAUAUAUGUGAUGUAGAGUAUCAAAUGCACAACAAAAACACCAAAAAGGUCAAUUAAUAAAUGGUUUUG